AUGGCAGGUUAUAGUGAAUCCUAUUAUACGACUUACCUUCUGUCACCUCAAGACGUUUCUGGUAAUUGGGGAUGCGUAUCACCAGAAUCAUACGAAAAUUAUUCAGAAGAAAGUUAUAAAUCCACGUCUCCGGAACCGCUGAGAAGUAAGAGUCGAGUCACACCUAUUAUAUUGAGAAAAAGAAGAUUAGCGGCGAAUGCUAGGGAAAGGAGAAGAAUGCAAAAUUUGAAUCAAGCGUUCGAUAGAUUGAGGACGUUUCUUCCUCAAUUAGGACAAGAUAGACAGCUUUCGAAAUAUGAAACGUUGCAGAUGGCUCAAACUUAUAUCACAGCGCUUUACGAUCUUCUGGAUCAACGAGACGUUAACCAAUGA